CUGUAGCUGGCAGCAUGCAUCGUUUCUUUGUGUGUUUCUGCACAUUGGUCUUCAUAGAAGAAAAGGCGCAAUGUUUGGACUUCAAAGAAAAAAACAAGUUGUCAAAAUAAGAAGCCUGAAUGAAACAAAAAAAUAUGGGGUGGCUGCAACAAGUCUGAAAGAGCUUCUCAAAAAGGGGAGUAAACUUCUACAGGUUCCACUCGUCGGUUCGCAUAUUUCCUUGUAUGAAGAUGGAACAGAAUUGACAGAGGACUAUUUCCGAAGUCUUCCAGACAAUGCUGAACUUGUCCUUCUUGCCAUGGAUGAGAGAUGGAGCGGCUUUGUCUGCGACAUAGGCCGGUUGCUGGACACUGACAGGAACUCAGAUCUUCUGAUUGAUGCGGCUAAGGGGCUUCUCUCAAACGAGCGGUCUCCAAAGAGACGCAGACUCCUGGGGGACCUGCUCCUGCACUUGAAGGACAGCUCUGAGGCUGAAAACAGAGAAGACGAUGAAGACUGGUUCCAAGGUAACAAGUCCUCAAUCUUGGGAUGGAUAGAAAUCCUGCAGGAAACGAUGUGGCAGCCAAAAGAAAGAUGGAGAAAAACAAGGACAUUUUUAUUUUUAAAUCUGAAACAAACUGUCUCUUUACGGUUAUACCGUUCUAUUUUUGGGCUUUCAGGAAUUGAUGACAGAUUUAAGACCAAAUCGGCCUACAUGAAGUACAACUGUGAGAACAGGAUUCGUGGAUACAUGAAGGAGGUGCAUAGUUAUGCUCAAACCAUCCAAAGACCUAAACUCAAGGAUGAAUACAAGAAGACUGCAGAGUGCUUAGUGAUGCAGCUGAAAUCUGACAAGUACAAUGGUUGCUACUUCAACAGGAAAGAAAAGGAACAAAAUCGACUAUGCACCCAGGAAGGAUGGUUCUCCUGUCAGGGUGCUUUUGAUCAUGAUGAAUGCAAGUCCCUUCACUCAAUCAACCCCUAUGGAAACCGAGAGAGCAGGAUUCUCUUUAGCACCUGGAACUUGGACCACAGGAUUGAAAAGAAGAGGACAGUCAUUCCUACCCUGGUGGAAGCACUGCAGAAACACAAGAGCAGCAACAUAAACCUGGACUAUUUUUACAAACUGCUGUUUACUCGGGAGAAUCUGAAGCUGGUACAUAUUGUAUGCCAUAAGAAAGGUGCCCAUGACUUGCUCUGUGACAAAAGGAAAAUUUACAAACAGGGCAAACGAAAAUGAUUCUCUAAAGUGAAGGGUAUAUGUUUUUCUACUGUUUAUUCUUGAAUUUUGUAUUUCUUUAUUAACUAGCUAACGGAUGAAGUGCAAGACGCAUGAUAACUGGUAAAUAACUAAAUGUAAUUAUGGGCAGGGAACAUUUCUGCUACUAUCAGAACAGCUUAUUUAUUGAUCAUUUUGUGCUAGUGAUUUUAAAGCACUCCAUCAUGAGCUAUUGUUUGGGUGAUAGUCAAUGGACCAAUUGCAAAUCGUCCCAAGCCCUACACACGGGUAUGUUCCGUUCGAUUCAACGUUUGCUACAUCGCGUGUCAGUUUGUACUGAACAACACGUUCCCCCCAAUACAGCGCACACCAGUCUUCAAUAGCCUUUGAGGUACGUUUGGUGGGUGUGGCCUGAUCAAUAUGGAUGUGACCAUUUCAAAUGGCAAAAUGUGUGUCGCACACGCCAUACAGUUGCUCUCUGGGCCACCAUAAUGACACCGUUCAACUAUUUGCUCAGAACAAUACUGCUUCAAUUGAAAUGAAAUGCUUAACAUUGUUCUGUACUACUGAAUGCACCCCUGGUGUUUUGAUUGGUAUAAGCAAAUGGUGAAACUUCCACCCAGCCUAUCGGUGGAGCUAUUACCAUAUUGAUUACAUCUGUCAAAUCCUCUGAACUCCAGAAGAGCAUAGGGUGGGGGGUUGAAAUAUUAAAGGUUUGACUAUU